AUGAACAGUUUUUUCACCAUCGGAGAAGUAGAAGGGAAAGAAGAGGAAGAUGUGGACCGAGUUUUUAUGGAAAUUCUUCACGUCAUUGUUUUACUUGGUUAUCAAGUUUUACAAUCACUCAUGAUUAUUUUUGUUCGUGUUCAAGGUUAUCUCCUCAACUUCCAAAUCACCUUCCACUAUGCGGUAGCAUGGACGGAUGUAGACGACAAAUUGGUGCAUCGUUAUCAAAAACUGGAACAAAAGCUCCGUAGUAAAGUGGAAACGAAUGACCGACCGAAAAACCCGAGGACCAGCACAUUGCCACGAUUAAUCAAGUGUGACGGCGCUUGUCAUUCGUGGGCUCCUGAAAACUACGUUAUUCAGUUUGGGCUAUGUGAUCACAACAUCUGCUUUCGAUGCUAUCAAAAUGAAGAAAGCGUUCCGUUAACAUAUGAUGAUACGCGUAAAUUUUCGGGCCUUCUCGGACAAGGUAUGUGGGCUCAUUUGAUGGAGAGCGCCAAGAUAAUGUUGCCCAUUGCUCGUGUAGCAGGCAGUCAUGGUUGCUGCAACAAAAAGUGCGUGAAACGAGCUCGAGCAGAACUGAUGAUGGAAAAACCCAAGGCAAAGCAUCGAGAAAAGCAGAAUGCAAUUGGGGCUAAGAACUACACUACCUUCCCAGAGAAGAAGCAUAAAUCCGGUACCGCCAAACCGCGGAAGUCCGGCAAAACCCGAAAAUACGAAUCAGACAUGAUGAUGAAGUUAAAAGCUGUAGAUAGUGACAUCUCAUACUACGGCAAGUAUGAUGACGCUGGUCUUCAAGAGAUAGCGGAGGCGAUGAUCUUAUCUGCAAUUGUCGGUGCUGAAAAACAUGAUUGA